CUUUGGAGGAGGUGUGGUCUUGUUGGAGGAAGUGUGUCACUGUGGGGGUGGGCCUUGAUUUCUCCUAUACUCAAGCUACUCCCGGUGUCACAGUUGAUUUCCUGUUGCCUUCUGAUCUACAUGUAGCCAGCACCAUACCUGCCUCCACGAUGCUGUGCUCCCUGCCACAGUGAUAAUGGACUAAACCUCUGAAACUGCACAUGAGCCACUUCAAUUAAAUGUUGUCCUUUAUAACACAUGUCUUCCUAAGAGAUGUGGUCAUGGUGUCUCUUCACAGUGAAAGAAAUCCUAUUCCAUGUCCCAACAACAUGGUUCCAGCUGCUUAGGACCAACCCUGGUGAGUUGGGUACACAAUGAAUGCCAAGAUGAUAUCCACCAUGGCAGGCAUCUUCUCUAUCCUCAACACCAUCCAGUUCUUCAUCUUUGAACUGAAUCAAAUAACACACAUUGGCUUCGAAGACAAAUACAGCAUCUACCUGGACACAGACUCGGAGGUGUCCUCCUGGGCUGUGGUCUACAGGAACAACAUCAGCAUAGGCCUGUGUAUCACCACCGUCGCUAUCAGCUGCUUCUUCCUCUUCUGCCUGGACAAGAACAUGUUCAUGGGGCUGAUAGUCUACACCCUGUGGAUCAUCAUCUACGAGCUCUUCAGCUUCACCAUGAUCCUGCUCAUCUACGGCACCAUCAAGGAGCAGUUCAAGGAGCUGGGCAACCUGUACUUGGUCCUGCAAAUCUCCCGCAUGCUCCUGCAUUUUACCCCGCUGCCCUUCAUUGUCAAGCACGGCUACUCGCUCUACAAGGACCCCAAGACUGUGAGCAUAGCCGGCCGCCGCAGGCGCUCCUCCGUCAGCACAGUGGACUCAUGGCCACCUGUCGGGCUGGGCUCUUUGUACCGCAAAACAAACUGAACCAGGAAGGUCCAUGGCAGAGCCCUCCCUCCCUGGUCUUUUUAGGGUUUUUGAUUUAUGUGCAAGGGGCGGGGAGU